AUGUCAAAACCACUCACUGCGGAACAACAGGCCAUAAAAGGCAAGUUUUCAAAGAACAAUUUGACACACGAGUUCAAAACACAGAACGCACCAACUCCUUAUAAAGAGGUGAUUGCUGAACCUCUUGCUCAAGACUUAUGGAACAACAAUAUCAUUUGGGAAUUUGUGAAAGGCUUAUCUCCAGGAGUUGACUUGACUCGUAUCCCCUUCCCUGUAUGCAUUACACAGGCCAGAUCCUUUCUUGAGUCCUUCACAGACUACUUCAAGCACUGGACUUACUUAUCCCAAGCGGCCAAUGAGGACGACCCGUAUAAAAGAAUGAAAUUGAUCACGUUGUGGUACCUUACUGGCUUUUCCAAUGCAAUGAAGUUGGUGAGAAAGCCGUACAAUCCCAUAUUAGGAGAAGUCUUCAGGUGUAUGUGGGCUGACCCUAAGACGAGCGCAAAGACGUUCUACGUCUCAGAACAAGUGUCUCACCACCCACCCAUAUCUUCUUUUUACCUCACAAAUCCGCAAGAUGGAUGGAGCAGCUCUGGCACUGUUUCAUUCUCUGUUUCCUUUUAUGGAGUGUCCGCUUGGGCUAAUUUAAAUGGAACACAAAAAAUAAAGUUAUUAAAAUACGACGAGGAGUACACUUGGGUAUUUCCUCCUACAAAAGCUUCUGGGUUUUUCAUCGGGCCAUUCAUCAUGGAGAUGGGUGGCAACGUCCAGAUCAAGUCAAACAAAACGCCCUUCUGGGCUGACUUGAAUUUUCUGACGACGUCUAUGUGGUCGAGUUCAAAUUACCACAAAGUUAACGGGCAAAUUAAAGAUGGUGACAAGAUCAUUGACACAAUAGCAGGAAAUUAUUUUGAGUCCGUCACUAUUAACAACGAUGUUUUCUUCGAAAUUGCAAAACUUGACACCGACGCUCCGAAGCGGUUUGAAGUUCCAAAAGAGAGUUUGUGGGGGAGAGAGUCUCAAAAGGUGUGGGAAGACCUAACGAAAGCUGUUAUUAAGGGGGAUGGAAAGGAUGCUGCGGACAAGAAGUAUGAAGUUGAGGAGUGGCAAAGGAUCGAACGAACGGAGAACCCGAGUUUUGGGGAGAAGUUUGUCCCGUUAUUAUUUGCGAAACAGGGUGAUGGGGAUUACCGCUACAAAUACGAGACCGAGAGAAUGCUUUCAAACGAUGAAGAUGUUAUUGAACAAGGUGGUGUCAUUUCCAUCCAAAAGAAGACAGACUGA